UUUGAGCACCUUUGGGCAACUUUGGUUGACGUUAGUCCGGAAGUGUGUUGCAUGAGUUUUCUUGUGAUUUGUCUUUGCCAUUCAUUGAACAUUUCCGUCACUUUCUAAGUCGGUAUAGUUCUAUUUUUUAUGUUAGGAUUGAACCGGUUCCUCCUGCACCACCGUUUAUAAAGAGGACAGACUUUAUUAAACCAGUAAAGAGGAUAAACUCAGAUGGCGGAGAAAGGCAGUGCUCCUGUGGCCCGGGUGCUGCUGCAGCAGUGUCUGCAGGCCAGACUGCAGGUGAAGCCAGCAGAGGAAAACUCAGAGGCUCAGUUUGUCCAGAUUGACAGAGGGAUGGUGAUCUACAUCUGCUUCUUUAAAGGAGCCACAGACGACAUCCUGCCCAAAAUGGUGUCCACACUGUUGAACCUGCUUCUUUGUGAGUCCGACUCAGGGAAGAUGGUGUCAGUGCUGGAGCUUCCCGGCAGUGUGCUGAUUGUCCCCCAGGCCACGCUGGGCGGGAAGGCCAAAGGCAGGGCCAUGCAAUACCACAACAACAUCAGCAAAGAGGACGGACUGCGGCUCUACGGAGACUUCAUUUCUCUGUGUGAGAAGGAACUGACGGCUGCUUCAGCUGAAGUGACGGUGAAACACGGGACGUAUGGAAACAGACAAGUGCUGAAGCUCGACACCAACGGACCCUACACACAUCUGAUGGAGUUCUGAGUGUAAAUAUCUAUAUCCAAGGCUGGAAACAGUACCUAAGACUUUAUGUAUUGAUAUUUGAUGUAUGCAUUUUUUAUAUCAACAAAAUUACACUGGAAUAUGUCACCGUUUUUUGUGUAAUCCCCUUAGGAGUCUUAAAAAUAUGCUCAGAAGGCCACAAAGUGUUGAUAAACUCUGCAGUAAACAUACCUGUUGAAUACAUAGUAAUAUCUGUGAAAGUUUGUAGAGGAGGAAUGAGGGUCUGGUGCUGUUUCCCUGGUUACAGUGAAGGGAAAUCAAAAUGCUUUCCUGUUUCAAUGUGACAACACAAGGGUCAGGGAUUAUAAUAUAACAAGGGGAAUUAUUCCACGAGGGAUUAAAACACUUCACCCUUUUGAAACAUUACACUUUGAAAAAGAAAUAUAAGCCUCAGCUAAUUUAGUAAAGAAUAACAGAAGUGGAA